AUGGGGGAUGAGGUGGUGAUGGAGAGGAAGAAAGGGAGAAGAGGAGAAAUGAAGGACAAUGGGGAAGGUUCAGUUCCAGGACAGGCUUACUUACAUUGACACAGACAAAUUGGCUGAAUUUAGCUGAGUUUCAAAGCAUGCUGUUGCAGCUGCCCUCGGCAAAGGCCAAAAAACAUAUUCACCUGAGAUGAUGUUGUAAACAGAUUCUGACCCUAGUGAUGGGGGGGGGGGGAAUCGAUAGUUACAUAUCGCAAUAUUGUUUUUUUUACAAUAUAUUAUAUAGAUAUUUGUACCUGCGCCAAAACUCAGGUAUUUUUCAUUCUAUAGCUUGUUUUCCAUCUUUUUAAAUAGUGAUCCAACAUCUUUUCAGCACUGACUGAUCAAAACUCAUUUUCUCAUCCCUUCUCUCUGCAGCAGAUGUAUAGGGUGGGCUGCACCAACAUGGAUUAACUCUUAAACUGGGUUAAAUCAAGGUUUAUCAUUUAAUCUUGUUGCACCAAGUUUUUUAACUAAUCAUAGUUAAAAAUGUAAUCCUUCUUCUAAACUAAGUUUAAUUUGGACUGUAAUAUUGUUGCACCAUUGUUUUAAAAUAAAUGUUAAACUUUGUUUAGGGAUUUAAUCGAAACUACCACUGGAGGAGGUUUAAGUUAAUCAAAUGUCAGUGUAUGUGCUUUAUUUUCAGUGUGAUACAUUUUUUUAUCAUGUUUGUAUAACUCAACUAGCCAGCUAACUUUUGGACGGUGGCAGGUAGCUUAGCGGUUAUGAGCGUUGGGCCAGUAACCAGAGCCGACUAGAUUAAAAGUCUGUCGAUGUGCCCUUGAGCAAGGCACUUAACCCAAAUUGCUCCUGUAAGUCGCUCUGGAUAAGAGCAGCAGCUAAAUGACUAAAUGUAAAAAAUGUUUUUCUUCAUUAGCCCGAAGUGAAAAUUCACUUUGCUAGCUAGCUAACAAACUAGUAAUGACCAGUGCUGGUUUGUUUCCGUAGAAAUUGAAUUUGAACAUAUUGCUAUGGUAAAUCCAUUAUGGCAUGUGUCACUAGUCAUAGGGUGCCUUCGUAAAUUCACUCUGGCUAUCUACUCUGAUUUCAGAGCACUCUCGUCUGAGUGUGCCAGAGCGCAGAAUAACUGAUUUUAAUUUUCGAACUCUCAACACCCGUUGAAUAUGGCCAGUGUCAGUAAAUGUCGGCAAUAAAGCGUAAUUAAAUUGUUGCCAGCAGCACAGUUACAGUCACCAACGCUCUGGAUAACAUGAAAACAGCCUAAACAGCUCUGCUAGCGCGAGUAAAAUGGUCAGAGUGAGGUGUUCUCUCAUUUGUGUCUGGAAGUAGCUAGCAAGCUGGCCAACGUUAGCCAGUUAGCUUGGGUGCUUGACUGCCGUUGUGGUCACAACGCUCGGAUCAACCCUACUCCUCGGCCAGAGCGUCCAGUGUGCGCUCUGAAUGCUCCGAGAGUGAAACGCUCUGAAUUUAUGAACGGACAAUCUGACAACGCUCUGAAUUUACGAACGCACUCUGGCACUCCAGAUUGAAUUUACGAACACACCCUUAGUUUAGUGAUUUAUUAAUCCUGUCUUUAAAAUUAAGUGGUGCAAAACAUCUCUGAUUUAAUUAUAAACCUAGAUUUACAAACUCUAGAUUAGGUCUAAUCUAAGAUUCAUUUAAACCAUGAGUGAGCGAUAUGUUUGGAACAUCAAAUCACAAUAAAAUCACAGUAUCGAAUCGCAAUAUAUAUAGAAUCGUGAUAAUCACAAUACAUAUCGGCACGUAAGUGUCGUGAUAAUAUCGUAUCGUGAGGUCUCUGGCAAUUCCCAGCCUUAUCUGACCCUAGAUUACUUUUUUUUUUUUUUUUUUUUUUUUUUACAUAUCUUUAACGACAUGCAACAUUGAUGAAAAACAACUGGUAUAGUUCUCCAGGUUUAGAGGUCCACUCAUAGAUACCAUUGCAUUCAGAAUCAAACUCACAAAGCAGUGCUUGUGCUUUUCAGCUAGUGCUAGCUGCUCCCUCAGUCUCCCAUUAUUUUUCCACAGGAGUUAGCCUAUCUCUUCUCUCUCAUUAUCUGGUCACUGAGUGACUUAACCAUCUGUGACACGGAAUCGGUGCCUUCUCAUUAGGUCCUAGCCUGCAGCUGGGAUCAAAUACUCUACAUCCACCAAUGCAAGGCAGCAGUCAACCUCUUUACCCUUGACCAUUGUUGCAGACUAAGCGCUUCUCUGCCUGCCCACUAAUCUCUUCCAUUGUUUUUUUCUGCAUUUGUUUGAGAUUUUAAACCUUACAGCGUCUUGUCCUACUCAGUUCUGACCCCGCACCAAUGUCAAGCCUUGUGACCAUUUGAAACGAGGGUUAAUGAAAGGUGAAACAAAUAGAUGAUGGAAACAACUGUCAGGUGCAUUGGAAACCAACUUGGGGCAGCAUUGAACAGUUUUCCACACAAUAGCCCAAUAGCCCCCUUCCAAUCCUUGAUUUCCCUGCCGACUUAAGGAAAGGUCGAAAACAGUAGCGUGGCCCUUGCCAGGUGGCUGUGCUUGCUUGUCUGUUUGGCAGCAGUGCUUGCCAGUGGCUUUGGGAUGCUGUGUGUCAUUGCCAGCUCUGUGCUUAUUGUAUCAGAGACAAAGCUCCCGGAGUGUCUUAGAGUGCCCUGGCUCUGCCCUCAUCCCGGCCCUGGUUACUGUGGUCCUCCCAGGUUAUGUAAUGGUCUGCCCUCUUUGUAUCGAUAGUCGCCCUGGCUAUUUUUACCAAGGUCCGCUCCCAUUCCUACCGUUCAAUACUGUCUCCUAUUGAGCAAAAUGCAUACACUGACACGCUAGCAUAGAGUGACCUACCGUGAUACAGACGGAUGGAUGCCUUGUAAUCCAUGGCGAUAACAUGCGCCAUACAAAAUGAAUAACUAGUAAACCAUGAAUGGUGUUACUCUUCAUCAGCUUAACACUUUAACAGUCGCACGGAAACACUCCAAGAUGCUCCUUCAAUCAUUGAAGCAUGUACUGUAUAAACAUACAUACUGUGAUUAAUUAUUCAGUAAACACAUAAGCACUCACACACUUCUGUGGAAUCAUACUUUUAAAAUAGUACACUGAAACACUCUCCCAAGUGUUCUAAAUACAACAUGCACCCUUCCUGCCAGCAGAGAGAAGAUCAGGACCCAAACUGUAUUCCUCCUCAUGUGUGGACUGUACAGCUGUAGUGUGUCCAACUCCACUGAACUCUGUCAUCAUGGUGCAGUUAUGCAACGUCCCCAGAGAGAGCUAGCAUGCCAAACAUGAUUGAACUCCUGGUCUGAUUUCUGAAAGCUGUAAUACACUGAAAGAUGGACCGGGUCGGUUGCCAGGGUCACUCUAUUAGAUGGGACAUAUUAUUUGUCAAUGCGAUGAAUGUCUCUAUAACCUACUCGGUGUGCGCUUGUUGACUACACUCAAUGAGAUACAGUAGAUCUGUGCCAAGCCUCAUGGCUAAAAGACAUAUGUAUUAUGUUAGUCAAACUGUAAGCUAAUUGUCAUUUCUAUCAAAGGGAAUUACUUCUCAGCCCUUGAACUUUAACCUCACCAUUUCCGCAGUAUUUGAUCAAGAUUUUUUGUUUUGUUUCUUAUUGAAAAAACGCCUGUAUUAAACCGUUGUACUUCGUCUUUAUUUGGUCACCAUUUAACAAACUAUUUUCUUGUUCUCUUUGUCUGCUCCACUCCUUUCCCUUCUGUCUCCCUCACUUUUUCUCUCUCUUUUUGCCCUCCUUUACUCUGUCUUCAUUUCCAUCUAUCUGUCUCCUUCCCCCUCUCUCCGCUCCCCACCUCUUCCUCCAUCUAGCUGUGGAGGUGAAGACAACUCUCCCCUCGGGGAUGCAGAGCCCAGUGGGCGGCAGUGAGCAGGGUGUUGGAGGUGGAGGUGGCGGCGGUCCCGUGGACCUGAGGACGGAUCCCAGGCUGGGACCCCUGGGCGGAGGGGUGGACCCAGGCAUGAGGGAGCAGCAACUGCAGCAUGAACUGCUUCUCCUCAAGCAGCAGCAGGAGCUUCAGAAACAGCUUCUCUUCGCUGAGUUCCAGAAGCAGCAUGAGGUGCUGACACGCCAGCAUGAGGUUCAGCUGCAGGAGCACCUGAAGGUAACGGGAUAAUUUUUAGGAAGGUGGGGGGGCAAGAGGUGGGGUUAGAAAUGGCUUUAGCCACACUGGCUACUGGACCUAUCAGUUAGUUUCAGGAAGUCAGUUUGAGCUUCAUUUGACUUCCCCUCUCUCUGGCUUUCGUUCCCCCUGGCGUCCCUGCAGCAGCAGCAGGAGAUCCUGGCGGCCAAGCGGCAGCAGGAGCUGGAGCAGAAGAGGAAGCUGGAGCAACAGAGGCAUGAGGAGCUGGAGAAACAGAGGCUGGAGCAGCAGCUCCUCAUGCUACGCAAUAAGGAGAAGGGCAAAGAGAGUGAGUAGUACACAUAGAGGACACACACUCACACACUGAGCAGUAUAUAUCUGGUGUAUGUAUGAAGAGAAGCUUUCAGCAAGUAAACACUGAAAUAUACGGUAGCUAUGUCCUAUCAGACACUUUUACUCAAUAGAGUGAUACAGUUUAGAUCCUGGUAUUCCAUAUCUGUUGGUCUUUGUUAGAGGUAUAAUAACUUUGUGUUAUGAUGGUUUGUUCCGGAAGGUGCCAUUGCCAGUACGGAGGUGAAGCUGAAGCUCCAGGAGUUCCUCCUGAGCAAAAAAGAGCCUGGCACACCUGGCGGACUGAACCAUUCCUUCCCCCAGAAAUGCUGGUGAGCCUAACCAUCAACAUCUAAUUUUAGUUCUAUGAGGCUGGCUAACGUUAGCUGCUGACACUAGCAGACUGGCCAAGAGCCAUGGAUGUUAAUGGUUAAUGAAUCUGGAGGAAGGGCUAUACCUUAGCUAGGAUUCUUAGAGCUCCUAAACUGAUCCAUUGACCCGGAGCGAACUGUUAAAAAUACUUGGAAAUCCAGAGUGGUAUGACUUGUUUACCUUCCUCAGGGGGUGUCAUGCCAAACGGAUAAAGAGGUUUUAAUAUAGUCAGAGAAUGUAUUGUAUACAUCACAAGUAGUAUCAACUAAUUCUGGUAUCUUAACUGUUGUUAUGGCUUCAUCAGGGGCGCCCACCACACCUCUCUGGACCAGAGCUCCCCCCCUCAGAGUAACACUCCGGGAACGCCGCCCUCCUACAAACUGCCCCCGCUACUGGGGACCUACGAGGGCAGGGACGAUUUCCCUCUCCGCAAGACUGGUGAGUGGAUGCACUGUGUGUGUGUGUGUGUGUGUGUGUGUGUGUGUGUGUGUGUGUGUGUGUGUGUGUGUGUGUGUGUGUGUGUGUGUGUGUGUGUGUGUGUUUGCAUGUAUGCAUUACUUUGAGGUACCUACCCAUGUAUGUCUGACAGUAGGUGUGUGUAGGUACAGUUGAAGUCGGAGGUUUACAUACACUUAGGUUGGAAUCAUUAAAACUCGUUUUUCAACCACUCCACAAAUCUCUUGUUAACAAACUAUAGUUUUGGCAAGUCGGUUAGGACAUCUACUUUGUGCAUGACACAAGUAAUUUUUCCAACAAUUGUUUACAGACAGAUUAUUUCACUUAUAAUUCACUCUAUCACAAUUCCAGUGGGUCAGAAGUUUACAUACACUAAGUUGACUGUGCCUUUAAACAGCUUGGAAAAUUCCAGGAAAUUAUGUCAUGGCUUUAGAAGCUUCUGAUAGGCUAAUUGACAUCAUUUGAGUCAAUUGGAGGUGUACCUGUGGAUGUAUUUCAAGGCCUACCUUCAAACUCAGUGCCUCUUUGCUUGACAUCAUGGGUAAAUCAAAAUAAAUCAGCCAAGACCUCAGAAAAAAAUGUGUAGACCUCCACUAGUCUGGUUCAUCCUUGGGAGCAGUUUCCAAAUGACUGAAGGUACCACGUUCAUCUGUACAAACAAUAGUACGCAAGUAUAAACACCAUGGGACCACGCAGCCGUCAUACCGCUCAGGAAGGAGAUGCGUUCUGUCUCCUAGAGAUUAACGUACUUUGGUGCGAAAAGUGCAAAUCAAUCCCAGAACAACAGCAAAUGACCUUGUGAAGGUGCUGGAGGAAACAGGUACAAAAGUAUCUAUAUCCACAGUAAAACGAGUUCUAUAUCGACAUAACCUGAAAGGCCGCUCAGCAAGGAAGAAGCCACUUCUCCAAAACCGCCAUAAAAAAGCCAGAGUACGGUUUGCAACUGCACAUGGAGACAAAGAUCGUACUUUUUGGAGAAAUAUCCUCUGGUCUGAUGAAACAAAAAUAGAACUGUUUGGCCAUAAUGACCAUCGUUAUGUUUGGAGGAAAAAGGGGGUUGCUUGCAAGCCGAAGAACACCAUCCCAACCGUGAAGCAGGGGGUGGCAGCAUCAUGCUGUGGGGGUGCUUUGCUGCAGGAGGGACUGGUGCACUUCACAAAAUAGAUGGCAUGAUGAGGAAGGAAAAUUAUGUGGAUAUGUUGAAGCAACAUCUCAAGACAUCAGUCAGGAAGUUAAAGCUUGGUCGAAAAUAGGCCUUCCAAAUGGACAAUGACUCCAAGCAUACUUCCAAAGUUGUGGCAAAAUGGCUUAAGGACAACAAAGUCAAGGUAUUGGAGUGGCCAUCACAAAGCCCUGACCUCAAUCCUAUAGAAAAUGUGUGGGCAGAACUGAAAAAGCAUGUGCGAGCAAGGAGGCCUACAAACCUGACUCAGUUACACCAGCUCUGUCAGGAGGAAUGGGCCAAAAUUCACCCAACUUAUUGUGAGAAGCUUGUGGAAGGCUACCCAAAAUGUUUGACCCAAGUUAAACAAUUUAAAGGCAAUGCUACCAAAUACUAAUUGAGUGUAUGUAAACUUCUGACCCACUGGGAAUGUGAUGAAAGAAAUAAAAGCUACUAUUAUUCUGACAUUUUACGUUCUUAAAAUAAAGCGGUGAUCCUAACUGAGCUAAGACAGGGAAUUUUUACAAGGUUUAAAUGUCAGGAAUUGUGAAAAACUGAGUUGAAAUGUAUUUGGCUAAGGUGUAUGUAAACUUCCGACUUUAACUGUAUGUCUGUACAUUUAGUGUUUCUCCUUUUCUGGUAUGAGUCAGAAUGAGUCAUCACAGCAGCAGUGUUGGUGAAGACUGGUGGGCAAGAGCUACAUACACACUCACGUAGAUAAUUAGGCCCACCCACAGACAAGCCGAUGGAGUGGGGUGGUACACUAAAUGGAGAUCGGAGACUUUCCAAUGAACAUGUGUUUUAGUCCAGUAGUAAGCUUAAUCUGGGUCUGAGAAGCUGACCCAUGACACCUAUGCUUAAAUAUAUGCUUGCUGUAUAUAUAUUCUUAAGGAUCCCCAUGGAUCUAGCUGUAAUUGUAUUGCGUGUUGUUGUGCUUACUGGGCAUUAUGACUGAAAGGUAUAACUCUGUGGCAAGAGCCUGCUGUGUGUGUGCGUAUGCUCCUUACUUCACCUCAUGUCUCUCUGAUCUUCCUCACCCCAAACACUUUGAUUUCUAAUCAAAUGAAAGCCAUACUAAAGCCAAUGAUGCUAUAAGGGCUGAAAGUCCUGUCUGCUCUACAUAGGUGGGGUGAGUGUGUGUGUGUGUGUGUGUGUGUGUGUGUGACGUCAAGGCGUCCAGUGGAAAGCAGCUCUAUUGGAGGCUAAUUAAAUUAAACCCGGGGCUUUUGAUUAAUUGCCCCAAUUCCUAUUUUUGCCCCUCCCUCCUUAUUGGUUAAUUCGGAUCCCCAUUAGCCUUUGCCAAAGCAGCAGGUAUUCUUCCUGGGGUCCAAUCCCCCUGUUUUAUUUACUUCCAUUAGUCUCAUUUGGUCUGUCGUUCAUUGCAUCAACAAUGGACUGAAAAAGCAGUUGUGUGAAGGAGGGGUUAGUUGCAAAUGGACAUUUAUUUCAGUGUUAGUGUCCCCAGUCAAUAAGAUAUAAAUAGCCCCAUUUGGAGCUGUCCACAGUACUUUUGGAUAGACUCUGCAUGAGCUGUUGCUCGUUUAUGGUUUCUGUUGUAUAUCUUUUUAAUUUAAACUCCCCUCUCUUUUGCUCUCACUCUCUCCUAUCUCUUUCUCUCUCUCCUCUCACUCUCUCUCUCCUCUCACUCUCUCUCUCUCCGACAGCCUCGGAGCCCAAUCUGAAGGUGCGUUCGCGGUUAAAACAGAAGGUGGCUGAGAGGCGGAGCAGUCCUCUGCUGAGGAGGAAGGAUGGGACAGUGAUAAGCACCUUCAAAAAGAGAGCCAUCGAGAUCUCUGGUGAGAGCUCGCGCACAAAUGCAUACAAAUACAUUGUACACUCUUCAGCUGGAAUUCCACACCCCGUGCCAUUUCAUAGUUGUAAACCAACCCCAGUGAGAAGCAUCCAGUUGGGUGAACCAUAACCCAUCUAAAAUCACACCCAACUUAACAUAAAACAGUCAUUUCAGCUCUGUUGGCCUGAUGGUAAAAGUAGACAUCCGGAGGGGCUGCGGCACUCUACACCUCAAGCUAAUUUCCCAGAAGGACCUAGUUACAUAACCCACUUAGCCAGGUUGGCUAUGUACACAUGCCACACAAUGCCUUUUCAGACCUAGAACUGGAGCUAGCUACCAUAUGCUAGGGUUAAGGGUUAGCCCUUUUAGCCCGUUUCCAUGUCAUGUGCAGAUAGUACGUAAACAUCGGGAUCGUAUAAAUGCUGGUUGUUCUCGAGACCACAAUAACAGAAGCUAUGCUUAUAGAGGCUUUUGAUUCGACUCACCCAUUUUAUCUGCUAAUGAAAGCAGAAGCUUUUUUGGGACUAAAUAUAGGGACUUAUUGGAGGCAAACAAAAAUAGCAGGGACUAAAGUGUAGGACACGGAUUCAUCCGUAAAGCUUGAAUAGGACAAAAGGGUAUGGGGUGGGGUUUGGGGGGUUAGCUGGCAGUGGAGCAGGGAAAAGGAGAACAGGGUUUUUGGGAACAUUCGAAUUGGGACUUGGAAUGUUGGCCUCUUGAAAGAGUCUUUUUUCCAAGUUCUCUGAUUCCAUGUAUAUGUCACCAAUGAUAGUCUAUUCUGUUUCUACCUUUCUGUAUACUCAUAGAAAACAGCCUGAUAAAACCUAAACAUUUCUCUUCACACAUUUGUACAGUACAGUUUGAUGCAAGCUUGGAGAAAGGCCUGGCCGUACCACAUAGGGGUUUUGGCGGUGGUGUCUGCCUGCCUGGGAUGCUGGGUUGGUUCUGACUCUGAGUGGCCUGUUCCAUUGUCAUUGCAGUGUCCUCCAUGUGCAGCAGUGCCCCUGGCUCCGGGCCCAGCUCGCCCAACAGCUCCAACAGCGCCAUCGCAGAGAACGGCUCCAGCGGCUCUGUCCCUAACAUCCACGCAGAGGUAAGAGAGGGGAGGGGUGUGGGGGGAUGCUAGGGGGUCAAGGGGGGCCUCCCCUCUGCACAAAAAAAUAUAACCCCUGAAAUGUGUGUUGCUGUUGGUCUGUGUUGAUGCAUUUUUAUAACACACCAUGCAACAUCCAUAAGAAUGCAAAAUGCAGCCUCUCCGUUGAAAAAAAGCUAAGGCUAUAGAUUCUCUACUGCUUGGACAAAAGGUUGCGGUUGCAGGCACCAACAGAGUGCAUGCUUUAUAAAAUGUCUCAUCACAUUAGAAGCAUUAGUAUAAAAAGUGUUGAAAGUCAGAGAGAUGCAAAUGGACCCAUUCUGAGUUGUGACUUGUUUAGUUGGUGUGAUUUUGAUCAACCCUGCUGUUUGUUAUAGAUCGAAUGCAAUGGGGACUUAUGAUGAGUAUUCCAUGACCAGGUAGACUGUGUUCUUUAGGGCUAAUAAUAGUUUAUUCUUUAUGCUUGUAUGGUCAUUGUGCUUAGCUGAAUAGUGAACUAGGGCGAGAGUAUAGCGGUUAACUGCAGUGAAUACAGCCUGAAAAUAAGCUUGAGUAGACUAGGGAGGCGGAAGGUUGGUCUGAUGCACACUGAGCAUCAAGUGGCCCCAGGAACAUCUUAACCUUGAGAGAGAGUGAGAGAGAGCGAGGAGGAGGGGAUGUAGGAGGGAGAGAGAGAGAGAGUGAGAGCCUGGAUAGCCAUGGCGUUCUGAAUGACUGCUGUCCUCCAUUUUGAUAAUAAAACCUGAUCCAUUGUUCGUUUUGUAAGAUGAUAAAUAUAGGCCUAGUUGCCUUAGCUAUUUCAUUACAGAACAUACUGUAAGUUCACUGAUCAGAACUACCAGUUCUUGGCCCUGGGACUUGAAUGUACCUUGGUAGUCAGGCUACUUACAGAAUAGCUGUAGCUGGAACACAAUAGCCCUCAGGCACUGUCUUACUGUAUCUGUUUUAGAAGACCUGUGUUUUAAUGGAUAAAUGUGUUUUGUAUUUGGUAGACCAAACCAUUGACUUGUGUGUAUAUACACACACACACACACACACAGAUGUGAUGAUUUGAAUUCAAAUGAGCAUUUUGUCCUCUCAUUCAGACAGCUCUCUCAACACUCAAUUUACAGCCAUCUCCCCCCUGCCAUUUUAUAACAACCAAAAAUACUUCCUCUCUCUUCUUUCCAGAAGUAGGGCAACACAAAUAAAAAGCAUUAGUCGAUCUCCGAGACCAUUUAUUUUCCCUCCCUCCCUGAAAAUACUUGAUUGCUGCCAUUCCCUCGAAGCAGAGAAACAGUCGACCGCUGAUGACAUAACAUGUGCCUUGUUAGCCUGCUCCCCCCCCCCAAGAUCGUUAUUGCGUCAUUGCCGCAGCAGCAGAUCCGGGCUGAUAAAUGGUCAGACGCACACAAAAAGGAGAGCGUGACAUUAGGGCAGUUUGCCAUGGACCGACACCUUGUUUGGGACGCAUGGUGACUUUUUUCAUUUUUCCUUAUUUUCCCUGUUUCAAAUCGUGAUUAUGUUGUGUCAGUCUUCCCCGAUAACAUCAUUAUCAGUGAGAGCCUGUGAAAAAGGCUGACCCUCGCCGGGGGGAGCUGAAAAAGAGAAUGGUCAGGCAGGGAGAAAUAUGGCCGUGUCCGAAUACCCAUAUUGCGUUCUAAAUAGUAUGCUUUUUGGGUAUGUGAAAAUUGUGAAAUUUAAAAAAAUGAUUAUGCUUUAUAUUCUAGGAUAUAAUACUAAUUUUGGCUUUUCAUCAAGUAGAAUUCGCUGCACACUAUUGAGGAAGAGAAUAGUAUUUUCACACUCACGUGUGUUUGACAACAGCUGAUAAUCAGAAUAGGGGACGUGCUCUACUAAAAUGAACGACUGGUGGGGAACAAGCACAAUUGCGCAUUAGAUGAUGCCUUCUCAUCAUAGAUGAUUAGUAUGUUGAUAUUUGUUGUUUACUGGAUACGUUUUUACUAAACAGUACGUUCUAAAUAGUAGUUAGUACUAUUAGUACACAGUAUGUAGUUUUAGUAAGUAGUAGGCAAGACAGAUUUCGGACACGGCCUAUGAUGUCAAAGAAGAUGAGAAUGCCCUUCUGAAUGGGUUUCUGUACAGUGUUAGCCAGGUGAACGCUAAAUGGCAAGUUUUACAAAAGCUCCUGAAAUGGCACUAGCUAGCACACCUGCACAAACAUUAAAUAACAGCCGUUUGUUCAAAGGGAACUGGAAGCCUCGGCAGCCUCUGGAGAGAAAUAUGUUGUGCGAGGUGAAAGAAUGAGUCACACUAAAUGGUUAGAGCUGCUGUCAUAUCUGUUUAUACUGCAGAGGGUCAGAUAGAACACAAGAUGGAUUCCUUUCUUCCCCUCUAUGUAGUUGUUGCUAGGGUAGAUUAAAUAUACAUGACCUGAUGGGAAGUUUUAGUGAGUUGGAAGACUUCACUCUGUCUCUCUCCCUCUCUGGAAAACACCCCCCGCUUUGUGUCCUCGCCCUCGCUCGCUCUCCUCGCUCUCUCAUCCCGCUCUCUUCUAUCUCGCUCCUCCUAUCCCUCUCUAGCUCAUCCCUCUCUCUGAUCCCCUCGUCUAGCCUCGCCGCGAUCUCCCCUCGCGUCGAUAUCCCCUCUUUCUCGAGAGAGAGAGAACAGACGAGCUAUCUCAUCUCUCUCUCUCUAUCCGCUCGCUCUCUCCUAUCUCUCUCUCUCUCUCUCUUCUCUCUCUCUCUGCACGCUUCUAUCCUCUCUCUCUCUCUCUCUCUCUCUCUGUCUACUAUUCUCCAUCUUUUCUCACUUUCUUGAACCUUUUAAUUCCCUAUAUCACACCCAUCCUCUCAAUCUCGCCCUUUUUUAACUCUCAGAUGUUCUUGCAUACUCUUUCUUUACCCCUAUAUCUCUCUUCCAUUCUCUCUCUCUCUCACUCACUUUUUCCUCCCUCUUUUCUGUGCAGCAGUUGCGGUCCCUCCACCAGACCCUUAACGCCGAUGGGACAGUCAGUCCACUGAGCCUCUACACGUCCCCCUCACUGCCCAACAUCUCCCUGGGUCUGCCAGCCAACUCGCACCUCACCGUGAGUACUAGACUGAAAUUCUGAAUACUAUAAAAUAAGGAUGGGCAUGAGUAAUGGAGUACUCGAACGGACGUCAAAACUCCAUCUUUAACCAGAGAACGAAAUGUUGUCUUGAAGACAACCUUAAUUUGCUUUGACUCGUGUUUCAUUUGUACAUGUGCAUUUGCGGGGCACAACAAAAAGAAAACCAAGCCAAGCAUCACACAGUUCUUCUCCCUAAAUUCUCUUUCCCCUCCGUGUCUCACUCACUCAAUUGUGUUCCGACCGCUCCCUCUACACACACGUGUUGAGUGCGCACGCAAGCUCCCGGUUUACCUACAGAAAUAAAUGCCUAUAAAAACGUAUCUAACUGAUGGGAUACACAAGCUACAUUCCUUGCCAAAUGACAACUUCAAAUUCAAAAUGGACUGCUUGAUUGAAGUAGGGAAAUAUGUUCCAACAACUAGCGCUGCAGUUUUGGAAAGAUUGUGUCCCGUCUAUUUUCCACUUAGGAACUUUGUGAAAUGCUAGUGCCAUUUAGAAUUGGUUAGCCUAGGCUAUAGCCCCCCUAAACAGUGAUGUAUGAAAAAACAUUUUCAUCAGAAUCAUUAAGCCUAGGCCAUCUCACCAAACAGAUGUCGUGGUCGUAAUUCAUCCCCAUGUAGUGUUCCAUGUGGAAUUGUUAAUCCAUUUGGAAAAUUCCAAAGAACAGGCAGAAUAAACUAAAUCGAACGUCGGUAUAUCGAAAAGAAGACAGAUUUUGGUUUGUAAACCUGAAAAAAAUAUUUCAACUUGCCAAAUUGAGCCCCGUUUCAAAUGAUCACUCUGUGAGAAUAACUGUUACAGACGUGAGAUGCGCAUCACUUUGUACUUUCUUUUGGAAAAAUAUUCUGUUAUGUAUUAUUCUGUUAUAUUACAUCAUGUUUUUUUUGUUUUUUUUACAAUACAAUAGGUGUCUCAGGAUUGUGAUAAGGGCUCGGGAAAUAAGAGCAUUUUGUCUGCUAAAUUAACAAAACAAAGCUAUGCCAUUGCACAGUCAUAGGCUUCUACAAGCAAGUGCCACUGCUGAGGUUGCUGCCUUUUUUAAGAUUGUGUUCCACGAUAUAAUAUAACCAGUCGAUAUUACGGUUUCAAUAAAUUAAGCUUAAAUAGCACUUGUUUUUUUUUAUUGUCUGAAUAUAUAUGGGGCAAUUUAGCAAUUAGGAUUUGUUAUCUGUAAUGGUUAUGAUAAAUUAGGCAUUGCUUCUCAUUGUUGGCAUAUAGAUAAAUGUGCACAUAUUUUUUUCCAGUGCGGGCCUUGUGUUCUAAAAAUAGCUUCUUUUUAAAAAAAAAUAUUUUUUACUCAAGUCAAAUGCCCAUCCCUACUAGAAAAUGUUCCCAACAUAGCAACCCAACAGAGUCCCCCAUACUGUAUGCACUGCAGGCCCAAGAAACCAGCUCUUGCAUGUGCACUACAGACGCCUCACAGGUCCUCAACUGGCAGCUUCAUUAAAUAGUACCCGCAAAACACCAGUCUCAAUGUCAACAGUGAAGAGGAGACUCCGGGAUGCUGACCUUCUAGGGAGAGUUGCAAAGAAAAAGCCAUUUCUCAGACUGGCCAAUAAAAAUAAAAUAUUAAGAUGGGCAGUCUGAGAUAUGGCUUUUUCUUUGCAACUCUGCCUAGAAGGUCAGCAUCCCGGAGUCGCCUCUUCACUGUUGACGUUGAGACUGGUGUUUUGCGGGUACUAUUUAAUGAAGCUGCCAGUUGAGGACCUGUGAGGCGUCUGUUUCUUAAACUAGACACUCUAAUGUGUUUGUCCUCUUACUCAGUUGUGCACCAGGGCCUCUCACUCCUCUUUCUAUUCUGGUUAGAGCCAGUUUGCGCUGUUCUGUGAAGGGAGUAGUACACAGCGUUGUACAAGAUCUUCAGUUUCUUGGCAAUUUCUCGCAUGGAAUAGCCUUCAUUUCUCAGAACAAGAAUAGACUGACGAGUUUCAGAAGAAAGUGAUUUGUUUCUGGCCAUUUUGAGCCUGUAAUCGAUCCCACAAUUGCUGAUGUUCCAGAUACUCAACUAGUCUCAAGAAGGCCAGUUUUAUUGCUUCUUUAAUCAGCACAACCGUUUUCAGCUGUGGUAACAUAAUUGCAAAAGGGUUUUCUAAUGAUCAAUUAGCCUUUUAAAAUGAUAAACUUGGAUUAGCAAACCCAACGUGCCAUUGGAACACAGGACUGAUGGUUGCUGAUAAUGGGCCUCUGUACGCCUAUGUAGAUAUUCCAUUAAAUAUCAGCCGUUUCCAGCUACAAUAGCCAUUUACAACAUUAACAAUGUCUACACUGUAUUUCUGAUCAAUUUGAUGUUAUUUUAAUGGACAAAAAAAUAUAUUUUAUUUAUUUUGAACGGUAGUGUGUGUGUGUGUGUGUGUGUGUGUGUGUGUGUGUGUGUGUGUGUUUAUAUGUGUGUAUGUAUGUAUAUAUAUAUAUACAGUUGAAGUCGGAAGUUUACAUACACCUUAGCCAAAUACAUUUAAACUCAGUUUUUCACAAUUCCUGACAUUUAAUCCUAGUAAAAAUUCCCUGUUUUAGGUCAGUUAGGAUCACCACUUUAUUUUAAGAAUGUGAAAUGUCAGAAUAAUAGUACAGUGAUUUAUUUGAGCUUUUAUUUCUUUCAUCACAUUCCCAGUGGGUCAGAAGUUUACAUACACUCAAUUAGUAUUUGGUAGCAUUGCCUUUAAAUUGUUUAACUUGGCCAAACGUUUCAGGUAGCCUUCCACAAGCUUCCCACAAUAAGUUGGAUGAAUUUUGGCCCAUUCCUCCUGACAGAGCUGGUGUAACUGAGUCAGGUUUGUAGGCCUCCUUGCUCGCACACGCUUUUUCAGUUCUGCCCACACAUUUUCCCAAACAGUUCUAUUUUUGUUUCAUCAGACCAGAGGACAUUUCUCCAAAAAGUACGAACUUUGUCCCCAUGUGCAGUUUCAAACCGUAGUCUGGCUUUUUUAUGGCUGUUUUGGAGGAGUGGUUUCUUCCUUGCUGAGCGGCCUUUCAGGUUAUGUCGCUAUAGGACUUGUUUUACUGUGGAUAUAGAUACUUUUGUACCUGUUUCCUCCAGCAUCUUCACAAGUUCCUUUGCUGUUGUUCUGGGAUUGAUUUGCACUUUUUGCACCAAAGUACGUUGAUCUCUAGGAGACAGAACGAGUCUCCUUCCAGAGCGGUAUGACGGCUGCGUGGUCCCAUGGUGUUUAUACUUGCGUACUAUUGUUUGUACAGAUGAACGUGGUACCUUCAGGCAUUUGGAAAUUGCUCCCAAGGAUGAACCAGACUUGUGGAGGUCUACAAAAAAUGUUCUGUUUUAAUGACUCCACUGUAUAGUGCAUGCAUACUAAAAACAGUCACUAACCCAGAUAAUCUCCAUGUACGUAUAGAGACAUUUUAACUGCCUGAAUCUGCUCCAUCCCACUGAGUUGAGGUAAAAUACAAAUAGAAACCAGCACACACUCCGGCCCCUGAACCAGAGUUUUCCUCUGAUGUAGACAUUCUGACUUAGUUAACCCCCCUCCCUUUCCAUCCUCAGGCCAAUCAGAAGCUGUUGCAGGAGGCGGAGAGGCAGGCCAUCCAGACCAUGCGGCAGGGUGGGGCUCUGACUGGCAAGUUUGUCAGCACCUCGUCCCUGCCGGCAUCAUGCCUGCCACCUGGGAUGCAACACGACUUAGACUCCCCCCAGGCCCCCAACAGCCACAGCAGUCACUCCUCCCUACUGCAGCACGUCCUCCUGCUGGAGCAGGCCCGCCAGCAGAGUGCCCUCCUCUCAGGUACAUCUACCAACAUAUAUUUAUACUCUUAUAUCCCUGCCAGGAGAGUGUCCUACUUGCAGGUAAAUAUAGAUGCAAAUACAUACUGCCUCUUCUGAAACACGUCUCUCUGACUCCUCCUCCCUCCAGUCCCUAUGUACGGUCAGUCGCCGUUGGUGACGGGGGAGUGGGUGUCCAACAGUAUGCGCACGGUGAACAAGCUGCCACGCCACCGGCCCCUGAGCCGUACCCAGUCUGCACCCCUCCCCCAGAGCCCCCAGGCCCUGCAGCAGCUCGUCAUGCAGCAGCAGCACCAGCACUUCCUGGAGAAGCAGAAGCAGUACCAGCUCAACAAGGUAGGGGGCGCCACAAGAAACAUUACUACAGUAUUAGUGGUUAUGGUUAUUUGUGUUUGCGGGUAAAAAAGUAUUAUAUGCCAUUUGCUUGGACUGGGGGGUGUAGUAUACUGUACAUGCCUCUGUGGCAGCAGUGCCUAACUCUCCCUAUCUGUCAACCACACCAGAUUCUGUCAAAAGGGGUGGAGCUUCCUCGCCAGCCACCCACCCACCCCGAAGAGACUGAGGAGGAGCUCACAGAGACGCAGGAGAUGCAGGAGGAGGGGUCAGGGGCGGGGUCUGAGCGUCUGGGGGAGGGGCGUCUUCAGGAGCAGAGGCUCCAGAAGGAAGGGUCGGGGGAGACGUCGCCCCCCUCGGAACGCCUGCUGACCCCCCUGAAGGGCGAGAGCACAGAGAGCGACCUGGAGGAAGAGGAUGAUGAAGAUGAGGCCAUCGAGCUGAGGGAGUGUGACGAGGAAGGCGUACCUUUCGGCCAGGUAAAUACUCAAUUUUUUUAAAGACAUUUAGCAUUGAAUCUUACUUUGGUAGAGAAAAACUAAAUGUAUUGCCUUGCAAGUUUAACACUAACUAAGAUUACUUUCUGUAAGAAAAUCAGAGAGCCAAUAAGAGGUGCAAAUAGUUUAUUUAUAAACCAUGAGUUUCAUUGUCAUUCCCUGUACUAUGAUUCAUUUUGAUAAAAUCAAAUCAAAGUUUAUUGGUGUUAUAGCAGGUGCAGCAAAAUACUUGUUUCACUAGCUCCUAACAGUGCAGUAAAAAUAUUCAGACCCCAUUCGUUGUUGAAUUUCCCAAAUCUGUUCCGGUGACGUCUGUCUGUGAUGACUAAAUCUAGUGACUUGAUUCGUCAUUUUACCUCUUAUAAUGGGCCAUUCAUGACUUAAUGCAUGAAACUGUCUAGAAUGAGCAAUCACUCCAGAGAGGGGGGUAGAUUGCAGAAGUGACCUACCAAAAGAUCAGUAGCAAAGGCUAUGCAGUUACAUAGCCAUGUCCAGCAGAUUUCACAGUAUAUAAAAUAAUUCAUAAAAAUAACACCCAGCACUCACACCUAUUUCAAAUAGUUAUGUUACAUAGUUCUCAGUAGGAUAAACUUCUAACACAAUGUUUGAUAAAUUUAGAUUUUUUGCAGUGGUGCAAAAAAAGGAAGGAACGUCAUUAGCGAUUUGGCUACGUAGAUUGGCGUUCACACCCAGUUUGAGUGGUGGGUUCAGUUUUGCGGGGGCCUGGUGAUUUAGAAAAGGGUAUCCCCUCUCGGAGGGCAGAGUGGCUGCGCUGUGCGAGGCAUCAUCAUCAUAGCUCCCUACAGAAGAGAGAGAGCCUUAAUUCUCACCCACCCAUGAGUCAUCCAUCGCACUUAGCAGGAAAUAAAGGAACAAGCUCUCUCGAGAAUGAAUCGCCUGCAGUUCUUUCACAAAUUACCAAGAGGAUAAGCAGCUCCAGUUAAAAGUUGUUAAACAAAAGUUGCGAAAGGGCAAGUGGCCUAUUUUUUUAUAUCCGAAUCAAAUUCAUUACUACAGGUAAUCAAGAUGGAUUGAAUUUGGGUUUAGCUGGCAUUAGCCCAGACAGAAACUCUACUCAGUUGUUGAUUACAUAUAUUUGGAUCCUCAUCAGUGCCGCAUACUCUUUUAUGAAGACCUAAACAUUACAAUAUAAUACAGUACACGGCCACAUUUGGCUAUGUGCUGUUUGUUAUCAUAUUUGGCUCUAAAUUAUGGUCAUUGACAGCAAUUAAUACGUAACAUUAAAAAGAGGGGGAAAGAAUGGACAUGUUAUGUGGUCACGUUUCUCGAGAAUAAAUCAUAUUCCAGUGUGUAUGUUUGCUGUUUGUGCGUUGGAGGGGGGAAGAACCAAUGCAGCGAGGGAGAUUAUAUAAAAAAAAAACUCUCCUACUCCCACACACCAUUGAGAAAAAAUAUCAGAAGAGAGAAAAGCAUCAGAAUUCAGUCUGCGUUUUCUUCUCCCACUCAACGCGUGCACACCCACCCUCCCCUGCCCUUGCUGCUUUUUCUCAUUUCAGUGAAUGGACUCAUCUGUGACUCAUCUCUCCUUGGUGAAUCAUUCCCCUCUCUCCCUCCCACCCCCGCCUCUCUCUCCCCCUUCUUUCUUCACCAUGCCUGCCCUUCUCUCCCCCAUUCUCCCCCUUUCUCCCCUGCACUUUACACCAAUUCACCGCUCACCAGGGAGCUAGGCUGCUGCAGUACUAUUUCUGUUGUGACGGGCUAGAGGGAUAGGGGUUUUUAGGGUAUGGGGGGGAGGGAGGGAGGGAGCAGGGGUGUAUGCAGUCAUUCUGUAGAGAAAUCCUGAAAAACAUAUUUUGGCAUUCUAGUCAGCGACACAGAAGGGCCCCCCCUCCCUGCACACACACACCCUCUGAACUUUUUUUUUUUUCCCUCUGACUCUGCUCUACUUGUCUGCUGUGGUGCCUUGAAUACAAAUUGAUCUGAGCCGCCCUGUGUGUGUGUGUGUGUGUGUGUGUGUGUGUGUGUGUGUGUGUGUGUGUGUGUGUGUGUGUGUGUGUGUGUGUGUGGUGUGUGUGUGUGUGUGUGUGUGUGUGUGUGUGUGGUGUGUGUGUGUGUGUGUGUGUGUGUGUGUGUGUGUGAGAGAGAGAGAGAGAGAGAGAAUCUCUCGUUAAAAAGGGGUUAGCAAGGUGUGGGCCUGCCGGACCGGUGUGUGUGUCCGCGUAAACUCCGCUCCCAUCUCAAGUUCUUCAGCUCCUGUCUGAAUGUGUAGUGCUUCUCCCAUUGACAGAAAGCAGAGCCCCGUUAGCUCAGCCACUGUGUUUACAGCUGGGGAAUGGUCAGAGUAGUCUUUUGGCUGUUGGGAAGGCUUGGUCCUUGUCUUGCCCUGCCUUUUGAGGCUCGUACGUGGAUACAUGUUUGCCUUUGGGUUUCUACCCAGGGCCCAUGUUUAGUCUAUACAGGCUUAAUUUAGCUCCACCUCCCUCCCAUUUUCCCCUCGUUCCAUUGGCCUGAAGUGGCAGCUUCAGUUUACAGCUAUUGUGAAAUGUCACCUCUCUCAAGGUUGCAGUAUUUCUAUCCGAUGUAAACAAUGAAAGCCACAGAGCUGUAAUUGACGACCAAUGUCUGAUUUUUAUUUAGCUAUGUAUGUUCAAUGUGAGGUACUAAGCCCAUUCCCUCACACUGAAGUCCAGUCAGUGUCUCAUGAUGAAAGACAGUAUUCAAAGUGUUAGCUGGUAUUCAAAAUCCCUCUAUUUGUUCUUUCUUCCCCAAUUUUCCGACCAGCAUCACCUGCAGCAGCUCAAUGUUUUCCAGGCAUCCCUGUCCAUCUCGGGCAUGCCCCACAGACCUCUGGGAAGGGCCCAGUCCUCCCCUGCCACUGCCAGCCUCAAGGGGGCGCAUAUGGGUGAGGUCCCCAUCAAGCACCUCUUCACUACAGGUACGCUUCUUUGGUUUUUGGAACAGAUGACACACAAAGUUAGAUGAUCAGGACCCAUUGAACAAUAUGAAAGAUAAACUGCCUCAACUUAGUUAUCUAUCUGAAUCUCUGUAUUUUUUUUGUCAUUGUGGUAGAUAUUAGAGCUUUAACAAUGGAUCCCCAUUAGUUACAAACACUAACGAAAGCAAUUGGCUUUAGAGAAAAGACACUUUCAGAAAACAAAUGCUUUCCUAGCCAGUCCAUGGUCAAAUGGCCCUGCAGAACAGGACGUGUUGACUAAGUCAAUGGUUCAUGGGGCGGCGCACAAUUGGCCCAGCGUUGUCCAGGGUAGGGGAGGGAAUGGCCGGCAGGGAUGUAGCUCAGUUGGUAGAGCAUGGCGUUUGCAACGCCAGGGUUGUGGGUUCGAUUCCCACGGGGGGCCAGUAUGAAAAAUAAAAAAAUAAUGUAUGCACUAACUGUAAGUCGCUCUGGAUAAGAGCGUCUGCUAAAUGACGUAAAUGUUCCCAAACAGUGGGGCGUGGCGAGGGGUCGGCAGGAACUCAGUCCGGCUUUAAACGUACUCUUAAAAGUUGUAAUAGUAGAAUGCACAAGGUGCAAUUUCAAAAUUGGGAAUUGCAUCAUCAGAUCCUCUUGUCAUGUUAGUUAUUACAUACUUUAGAGAGCUAUUUAUAACUUGUCAGAAAUGUCCCAUGUCAGCUAACGUUUUUUUAUUUAGUUUUUUUUAGCCCAUACAUAUUGUUGUAAUUUUUUUGUCAUUCAAAUAUCACAUGAAUAAACAUUAGACAUGACAAAAUGUGUAGAAUUGCAGGAAAUAAGCUUUAAACCUGCAAAGUUCUCUCCACCAACAAGAGGGGUAUGAACAGUUUGUGUCAGGAACAGUGCUAGUGCCCAUAGAAAUAGACGUGGUGCGUGCUGUGCGGGAUGUUCCCCAAUGCUGGGCCCCUAGUGAAAAGGUUUGGGAACCUCUGGACUAUGAUGAGUCCAAUAAGGGCAGAGGCAAGCAUCCUGGGUGUCAUUAUUUCAGCAGAGAAAAUAAUAAUAGCGAGAGCCUGCAGGGUUGGAUCUGAUGAAACCAUGAUGGCAGGACGAUAUUGAACAUGAAAAAAGCCAUUAGAGAUGAUUAUGGUCUUACUAUGCUCUGACCUGCUGGGUAAUGGGGUUAUGAAUGGUGUGGUUACCAUUUGUUCUGAGAGAGAAGUUGCAGAGAGGUUGCACUGUGGUUGGUCUCGUUCCUACCCUGCCUUGAAAAGUUACAUUUUCUCCUCUUCUUUCCAUCUUUCUCUCUUUUUCUUUCCCUUAUCUUUCUCUCUCUCCAUCUCACUCAUGCCGUCCCUUUCUCUCCAUCUUUCUCUUACUCCCUCCCUCUCUCCUUCUCCUAUCAUCUCCUCCUUCUCAGGGUUGGUGUACGACACCUUUAUGCUGAAGCACCAGUGUAUGUGUGGGAACACCCACAUCCACCCGGAGCACGCCGGCCGCAUCCAGAGUGUGUGGUCCCGGCUGCAGGAGACAGGGCUGCUGGGCCGCUCUGAGGUGAGAGCACCCUGCACACUACAGCUAGAAUAGUGACCAGCUCCGUUCCAUAUUUCCAAAGAGAAUUUCUUCUCAGUAACUUAUCUGGACCGAAACAAGAGGGUGGAAUAUAUAUGUGGAGAUGAGAAUGAGAUAUAUCCAUAAUUAGUUCUAGUUCAUUUAAAAAAUCACUUGCCAAUUAGCAAUACAGCAUAACCCUGAAUGAAAUUGAUGUAUUGUGUGCUACGUGUGUUUUCCUUUACCGUGUACAGAGGAUUCGGGGGAGGAAGGCCACGUUGGAUGAGAUCCAGACGGUGCAUUCAGAAUACCACACCCUGCUGUACGGCACCAGUCCCCUCAACAGACAGAAACUAGACAGCAAGAAGCUCUUAGGUGUCUAACCUCAUCUCUUCAUACCUUUACUCCUCAGAUAUAUUGAUGUGAUUGUGUGGUGUGCGCACAUGCAUUUGUGUGUUUCCCUGGCCAUUUUGCUCGAAUGGUGGAAACAAGAUUUGCCCCAAGCAUCCUUGAAAGUAGUGACUGCCCCUCUCCUUUCCAUCCACCCACACACACACACACUCACACGCAGUCAGGUGGAUUGUUUGAAGGCUUAGCUCCCCUGACAGGCGCAGGGGGGUAUUUUUAGGCAUGCUGGUUGAGGGGAAAGGGCCCCAGACGCCCGUCCACCCCCGUCUGGGUGACUCAUAGCUAGGCUGGGCCUCAUCGAGGAGGGGUGGGGGGGGAUGACUGGAUCAGCUGCAACACAGCACUGCAGCGACUGAGCCGUCGACUACACACACACGCACACACACAUACAUACACACAUACACACACACUUCAAAGUGAGUUCACUCUAUGUGCGGUGCUGAGCAGAACAGGACUCAGGGCAAAUUGCAGACAUCAAUGGUAAAAAACAACUAUACAAGUAUUCAGACCCCUUGACUUUUUCCACAUUUUGUUACGCUACAGCCUUAUUCUAAAAUGGAUUAAAUAAAUGUUUUUCCUCAUCAAUCUACACACAAUUCCCCAUAAUGACAAAGCGAAAACAGGCUUUUAGACAUUUUUGCAAAUCUAUUAAAAAUUAAAAACAUACCUUAUUUACAUAAGUAUUCAGACCCUUUGCUAUGAGACUCGAAAUUGAGCUCAGGUGCAUCAUGUCUCCAUUGAUCAUCAUUGAUGUUUCUACAACUUGAUUGGAGUCCACCUGUGGUAAAUUCAAUUGAUUGGACAUGAUUUGGAAAGGCACACACCUGUCUAUAUAAGGUCCCACAGUUGACAGUGCAUAUCAGAGCAAAAACCAAGCCAUGAGGUCGAAGGAAUUGUCCGUAGAACUCCGAGACAGGAUUGUGUCAGAGCACAAAUCUGGGGAAGGGUACCAAAACAUUUCUGCAGCAUUGAAGGUCCCCAAGAACACAGUGGCCUCCAUCAUUCUUAAAUGGAAGACGUUUGGAACCACCAAGACACUUCCUAGAGGUUUUUUUUUACAACAACAAAAAUGUGAUUAUAAAAAUGCUGCUUUUGCUUUGUCGUUAUGGGGUAUUGUGUGUAGAUUGAUGAAGAAAAAAACAAUUUCAUCAAUUUUAGAAUAAGGCUGUAACGUAACAAAAUGUGGAAAAGGGGAAGGGGUCUGAAUACUUUAUGCCGAGCAUCUUGGAAAAAAACUCUCCCUGCUAGGAAGGCUUAAGUUGGAUCACAAAAGUGUGUGUGAGAUAACAUUUUGAAAUGUGGCUAAAUAGUGUUUAACUUGUUUAAACUACAACCUAACCUUUGCUCCCUGUCCCCAUUGGCUCCUUAAGGUCCAAUCAGUCAGAAGAUGUACGCUGUGUUGCCCUGUGGAGGCAUUGGGGUGAGUCGUCCGUCCAUUCACCCAUCUAUCCAUCCAUCCAUCCAUCCAUCUACCAACCCUUUAAAUACACCAGUCCAUCCAUCUCAUGUAUCCUUUAGUCCAGUCCAUUUGAUUAAUCGCUAUCAAAUGCAUUUAUAAUGGAGGUACAUUUACAUUUUAGUUAGAGGUAGAGAUUGGAUAAUAAUACAGUAUCAGAAAGUAUCAUGCAGUUUAAUUGUAGGAUAUUCAAUAAACAUAAGCGGCACAAAGCUGAGCAUUACAUCACCUACAGCAGUGUCAUCAUUAUGUUAUCAGUGUUAAAAGAACAGUAGCAGGGUGGUGAUGAGUGUAUACUCUAUUGCCCUCUGCAGGUGGACAGUGACACUGUGUGGAACGAGAUGCACUCUUCGGGCGCUGUCCGAAUGGCUGUUGGCUGCGUCAUCGAGCUGGCUUUCAAAGUGGCCGCCGGGGAACUUAAGGUAACAGAGUGUAGAGUUAUAUUACCAGCCUCUCUCCAUUCCACUUCAGUUUGAUUGAAAGUUGUCAGGGGCAACCUUUAACCUUAUGAAAUGAACAAUAUGUAAUAAUCAUGUAAUAUACACUGUGGGUUUGUUCAUGGGUGGACACGGUAGUAGCCUAAUCAAUAAGCACUUGUUUUGUCGAUGGAUAGGCCUACUCAACAUUUUCUCAUGAACGGUUUCUCUCUCUCUCGCCUCUCCAUUUCAGAAUGGUUUUGCCGUGGUGCGUCCACCAGGCCAUCACGCUGAGGAAUCCACUGCCAUGUGAGUACACCCAGGGAAUCAUCGGUAGGGGCAGGGGAGUGGCUAGGGGGCAUCAGGGGAGUUGGUUGAAGUUUCAUAGAGACAUGACGUGUGCGAUGGUUGAUAUAAUAAUUGGUACAAGCGUCCAUUUUGAGUAGCUACUGGGUAGGGCCCUUAAACAAUCUCCCUGUUUGUGUUGAUAAAAGAAAACGGACAUAUUUUGUGUCUGUCUUUGUCUGCAGGGGCUUCUGCUUCUUCAACUCAGUGGCCAUCACAGCCAAGCUGCUAAAACAGAAACUAGGAGUGGGCAAGAUCCUCAUCGUGGACUGGGUGAGUGGGUCGUAUGUUGUUAGUGAGGCCCUGUGUGCUAGUGAGGCCCUGUAUGUGCUAGUGUUGCCAUGAUACCAAAACAUAUACCAUACGUUAUGUGAUCAAUGCUAGUCAUGUAUUAUUAUUCACAUAUCCAUUCUCUCUCUCCAGGAUAUUCACCAUGGUAACGGGACACAGCAGGCCUUUUACAAUGACCCCAACGUGCUUUACAUUUCCAUGCAUCGCUACGACGAUGGAAACUUCUUCCCCGGCAGUGGGGCUCCUGAAGAGGUGGGGGUUGGACCUGGUGUUGGAUUCAACACAAACAUCGCGUGGACAGGGGGCGUAGAACCGCCCAUGGGUGACGUGGAGUACCUGACUGCCUUCAGGUGAAGAGACUGUUGUUGGUCAUUAGCUGAACGAGCAGCAACAUUGGCACUGAUCUUUCAUUCAUAUGAACAGGCUCUGCUUAUUUAGCAAUUUGCACACUGCUUAGUUCUUGCAGAUGGUCUGGAAACGUAAGACAUUACAAUGACGUUCUCCAUCUUGUCUGCUAUACAGGACGGUGGUGAUGCCCAUAGCCAACGAGUUCUCCCCUGAUGUGGUCCUAGUGUCGGCUGGGUUUGAUGCCGUGGAGGGCCAUCAGUCCCCUCUGGGAGGAUACAACGUCACUGCUAAAUGUAAGUUGAACAUUACUCUGUCUUUACUUGUCUGUCAGUUUUUCUGCCAAGCCUUUUCCAUAGAGUGUGCUUUUAUAGGAGGGUCCUCCAGCUAAUUGUAUAUGCUUAACACUACUACCCCCUGCUGGAAGAAUAGUACUAAACCACUAGAAGAAAAGCCAGACACUCCAUAGGAACAUUGAAGUACCUCAAUUAUUUCCUGUCAUAAACCUGCACAAAACUAGAAUUCCCACGCAAACCUCUCCUAUUUACAUCAAUGCAUGAUUUACUCAGAAGAUUAUACUCAGUACAGGGUCAGUAGAGUGUUGAACCCUUCUCAGGUUUCGGCCACCUCACCAAGCAGCUGAUGAAGCUGGCGGGGGGACGUGUGGUCCUGGCGCUGGAAGGAGGUCACGACCUCACGGCCAUCUGUGACGCUUCCGAGUCCUGCGUGGCGGCCCUGCUCGGCGACGAGGUAUGACAUCAUCCGCUAUAGGAGGAGGGGAGAGUGGCGUGAUGUCACAUACACUACAUGUCAUUUGGUAGAGAUGGAUGUAAUUGUUCAGAGAAAAAAUAAUCUCUGUCUAUCUCUCCCUCCCUCUACAGUGGCGUGCGAAAGUAUUCACCCCCCCUUGGCAUUUUUCUUAUUUUGUUGCCUUACAACCUGGAAUUAAAAUAGAUGUUGGGGGGGUUUGUACCAUUUGAUUUACACAACAUGCCUACCACUUUGAAGAUGCAAAAUAUUUUUUAUAGUGAAACAAAAAAGAAAUAAGACAAAAAAACAGAAAACUUGAGCGUGCAUAACUAUUCACCCCCCCCAAAGUCAAUACUUUGUAGAGCCACCUUUUGCAGCAAUUACAGCUGCAAGUCUCUUGGGGUAUGUCUCUAUAAGCUUGGCACAUAUAGCCACUGGGAUUUUUGCCCGUUCUUCAAGGCAAAACUGCUCCAGCUCCUUCAAGUUGGAUGGGUUCCGCUGGUGUACAGCAAUCUUUAAGUCAUACCACAGAUUUUCAAUUGGAUUGAGGUCUGGGCUUUGACUAGGCCAUUCCAAGACAUUUAAAUGUUUCCCCUUAAACCACUCGAGUGUUGCUUUAGCAGUAUGCUUAGGGUCAUUGUCCUGCUCGAAGGUGAACCUCCGUUCCAGUCUCAAAUCUCUGGAAGACUGAAACAGGUUUCCCUCAAGAAUUUCCCUGUAUUUAGCGCCAUCCAUCAUUCCUUCAAUUCCCACCAGUUUCCCAGUCCCUGCCGAUGGAAAAACAUCCCCACAACAUGAUGCUGCCACCACCAUGCUUCACUGUGGGGAUGGUGUUCUCGGGGUGAUGAGAGGUGUUGGGUUUGCGCCAGACAUAGCGUUUUCCUUGAUGGCCAAAAAGCUCAAUUUUAUUCUCGUCUGACCAGAGUACCUUCUUCCAAAUUUUUGGGGAGUCUCACACGUGCCUUUUGGCGAACACCAAACGUGUUUGCUUAUUUUUUUCUAUAAGCAAUGGCUUUUUUCUGGCCACUCUUCCGUAAAGCCCAGCUCUGUGGCAUGUACGGCUUAAAGUGGUCCUAUGAACAGAUACUCCAAUCUCCGCUGUGGAGCUUUGCAGCUCCUUCAGGGUUAUCUUUGGUCUCUUUGUUGCCUCUCUGAUUAAUGCCCUCCUUGCCUGGUCUGUGAGUUUUGGUGGGCGGCCCUCUCUUGGCAGGUUUGUUGUCAUGCCGUAUUCUUUCCAUUUUUUAAUAAUGGAUUUAAUGGUGCUCCGUGGGAUGUUCAAAGUUUCUGAUAUUUUUUUAUAACCCAACCCUGAUCUGUACUUCUCCACAACUUUGUCCCUGACCUGUUUGGAGAGCUCCUUGGUCUUCAUGGUGCCACUUGCUUGGUGGUGCCCCUUGCUUAGUGGUGUUGCAGACUCUGGGGCCUUUCAGAACAGGUGUAUAUAUGCUGAGAUCAUGUGACACUUAAAUAAAGUCCACCUGUGUGCAAUCUAACUAAUUAUUUGACUUCUGAAGGUAAUUGGUUGCACCAGAUCUUAUAUAGGGGCUUCAUAGCAAAGGGGGUGAAUACAUAUGCGCGCACCACUUUUCUGUUAUUUAUGUUUUAGAUUUUUUUUAAACAAGUUAUUUGGACUAUUUUGUGUAUGUCCUUUACAUGAAAUCCAAAUAAAAAUCUAUUUAAAUUACAGGUUGUAAUGCAACAAAAUAGGAAAAACGCAGAGGGGGAUGAAUACUUUUGCAAGGCACUGUACACUCUCUCUCUGUUUAUCUCUCCCUCCCUCUACACUCUCUCUCUGUCAGUUGGACCCCCUGCCCCAGGCUGUCCUGCAACAGAAGCCCUGUCCAAAAGCUGCUGCCUCUCUGGAGAGGGUCAUCGAGAUACAGAGUGAGUUAGCUCGCUAAAAUCAAAAUGAUCAUUGUGUUUUACCUGCACAUAUGCACUUAGUUGUGUUUGCGUCAUGUGUAUCACGUCACCCUUAAAAGUGACACGACUCUCUCUCUCUCUCUCCCUCCCAUAUCUUUCUCUUCCUGCAGGUAAACACUGGAGCUCUCUCCAAAGGUUGGCUCCCACGGUGGGCCAGUCCUUAAUGGAUGCCCAGCGGAGAGAGAAGGACGAGGCCGACACGGUCACCGCCAUGGCAUCGCUCACCGUGGAUACUGAGCAGGCUGCCGCUUCCACCGUCUCCACGGAGACUAGCAGGUAAACACCUGCACCAUUCACUCUUGAGGAUUUUAUGUGGUUUUGGAAUGGCUGUUUUAAGACAUCAGAUUCAUUCACAAGGCUGUGGGCCUGAAGUUCCACUGAGGCUUGUUAAAGUGUACACUUAUCAUAUAAGUUUUGCCCUACCUUCGUUGGUAGGGGCUUUUAUUUUGGCAUGACUAAGAGGCUUGUCUUGCUGUUUCCUGUUUGGUGUACCUGCAGGUCUACAGAAGAGCCAAUGGAAGAGGAGCCUGUCUUGUAGGAGGAAACAGAGAGUUGUCACGACAGCGCAACACCUUUGUCUCCACGUCCUUCGGCACUAGCCUUCUCCUGUCACCCCCUCCUCUCCACUUUCCAGCCCUCUCCCUCGCCUCACCUCCUUCCGUCCAUUUUCUGAGGAUUGAUGGACUUGUGCUUGCCUCCCUUUCCACCUCUCUGAGGUGAGUGUGUUAAAGUGUGUGUGGGAGAGGGGAGGCAGAACACAAACACUGACCUAAAGGGGGCAGCGGCGGAUAUUCGUGAUUGGUGGAGAAGCAGGAAGAGGCUGGACCUUUUGAGGAGCCUGUGUCUUUUGCUUUUUUCUUUCAAUCUUUUUUGUAUUCGUGGAGAAAGCAAAAGGCAGUGGAUCCAGGAGGGUGCCUCGGCUAUGGGGCCCGAGAAGCUUUGUACAUUUCUUGUCAUACUUUAUACUUUUCAGGAACAUUAGAACUGAAAAAGCCAACAAGCAGCAAAAAUAUUUCAACAGCCACAAAUACACUCAAACACACCCGCAUUAUACUAUACACACUAAGUUCCCAACAGAGGAACAACAAUGGGGUUGUAUCAAUGAAUAAUGCUCUUCCUUUCAGAGCAUGCGUACCUCUGUUCCUAUUUCGUGUCUGUCAUUUGGUAUUCUCAUGCGUCUGUUCAAUAAUCUGUUCAAAGAAGCACACAAACAUAUAUGAUAUGUAUAUUUGCAUAUAUAUAAAUACUGUAUAUUCCUUUCACUGUAUCCGAUAUCAGCUGUGGUUGUGGAGUGGAGGUCGAGCUGUGGAGCCUGCCAAGGGGGACUUACUGGCUGAAGGAGACAACAUAUCGCUCCAAUUCAGCCCUUACUUUUUUUCCUUCAGGAAGCCUCAGCUCCCUCCACUUUGUAUGGGACAUAAUGCAUUUUGAGGUGGUUUUUACCCUUCUACUUUGUUUGGACUAUCAAAAAACAAAUACACACCCACACUCAAACUUACCGCCUGGUGCAAUGAACGGAUUGAACGAGGAAGGAUUCUGUGGAAUGAUGCUUGGAUUAUACAUUUUUUGUCUCACGCUUGCUGCUGGGACUGGGAGACUUGUGGUGGUCAUGAGACUGGAGAAAGACGUUUUUAGAAGAAGAACUUGGUGCCUUUUAUAUAAAAUAUCCCUGAUAACACCAACUACACCACCACUUAGCGGAACACAGGACAGAAAGACUCUUGUUACUCUCAUGUCUGUUUUGUUUGUAUAUUUGUUUGCUUGUUUCUUUCUUUCAAAAUGCCUUAAUUUCCUCCAGAGAAUGCACCAUUUUAGCCAUCUCCACAGAGAUAGGAUUCUACUCCUAUGUCCUCUCUCUUUUUUCCUCUUUCUUUCUGGGUUUGUGUAAUACUCUAGGUCAAAGGUCAGUGUGGCCUUAAUGACUGAGUUUUUUUGCGUCCUUUAUCAAUCCCGGGCCGUACAUACACGGCUGACGGUAUGAUUGUGAGGAAAUUUGAACGCUACAGCGACCAACUUUUUUUUGCUAUGUCACUUGUAAAUACUGUAUCCUGUUCUGUUCUGGCUAACCCCUCAACCUGAGACGGUUCAAUCACAAACUCUUUGUUUUUCCAUUUGUUUAGAGAGGAAGGACUGAACUUGGUCACUUUUUUAAACAAACGUUUUAUUUUGUAAAAAAUAAGAUAUAUACGAAUAAUGAUAAUAAGUGUUAAUCCAAUCAAAUUGGAUAUGAAUAUUAUAUUUGAGAAGAGUAAAAAAAAGACUUGAUGUUAAAGCCACCUAAGCACAUUGUGUUUCUGUUUUCCAAUCAAUGUUUUGUUGUUUUUUCUAAGUGCCAUUUGUUUUUUCCACACACAAAAAAAGAGACAAAACAGAAAUGGUGAUUUUGUGAUGUGGGGGUGGAUCUCAUUUGGCAAAUAAUGAUGAGCAAGCACCACUUUAGAUGUUUACACUGCAAUACCCCGAUCCCUCGAAACUGUUGCCCACUUGUCAGCUGUCAUAAACCCUUUAUUUGACUUAGUGUCCAGGUGCUGUUUUAUCUGGCCUCCGUUGCUGCCAUCAAUAUUUAUAUUUCUCAAUCAAUGAAAAGUGUUUGCACUUGAUGCAUAUAUGAUAAAACAAAUUAAAUACUAAGAGGUCUUUGGAAAAAAUAUAUUUUUCAGUGGGAAUUAGCACAAGCUAUUAUAAUCAUGCUUAAGGAAUUCAUACAAAUCAUGUAGCCUAUAUCUACUACAGUAUGGAAACUGACACCUUCCUUAAAGACAUACUCCGGAACUUUUGGCGACUACUAAGUAUUUUUUAAACCUCCCGCUUUGGGCUGGAUGUGUCAAUGUGUAGUUCAUA